UUUUCCUCUCACUUUUCCCACCAUUUUCCCCCUUACAUUUCCCAGCUUUUACCUCACAUUUUCCUCCCUUUUCCCCCUCGUGUUUCCUGCCCUUUUCUCCCCUCACAUUUCCCACCAUUUUCUCCCCUCCCAAUCCCGCCCUUUUGUCCCUUCAUGUUUCCCACCCACAAAUCCGGCUUUUCCUCUCAAGUCAUCCACUCCUUCUGAGUGUCUCCAUAUCCAUCCCCCUCUUUGCCAUCACAGGCCUCGGUCUCCUUUGCCAUCCAUAAGCUUUGGCAACUCGGGGUUCUUGCUUUGUUUCAUGGCUGCCUUUAGAAAAUUGUUCUUAACUCAACCUGUGACCUUUUUUUUUUUUUUUUUUUUGCCUGCAGUUCUCCAUCCCGCCUCGGAGGGAAGGGGAGUGGGAGAAGGGAGCAGCACACAGAAUGUUGCAGGGGAAAAGUGGGGUGUCACAAAGGGCCCACUGUGACCCGCCAGCUGCCCUCAGCAAUGGCUCCCAUGUCAACAGGGCUUUGUUGACGCGGAUCCCGCAGUGUCCGGCAGGUCAGCGACAGGACAGGACGGAAAGUACGCAGCUGGCGACAAACCCGCGAGCACGGCUCACGUCUUGCCCUACAGCGAUCAGCGAUCUGACUGCAUUUUUCCUCCUUCCCUAUACUCAUCCUUUAUUCUGCAGAAUGGAGAAGGCGCCUCCAAGACAGCCCAAGGUGGCUUGGGAGGAGGUGGCGGCUCCUGAGGAGAGCAGCUCUGCAGAGGAGCCCGCCGUGGUGACCAUGGUGGAGCCACUGCAGCUCAAUGCCAGAUGGGUUCCUGAUUUUGCAAAAAGUACCAUGGACUUCAUCCAGGCCUUUGCCAGCAGCCCCACACAGUUCCAGGACAAGGAGCAGAAGCUGGAGUUCCUGCUCAGCAUCUGCACCCUGUGCAGAGAUGCCAAUCUCUAUGACUUCUCCGAUGACCUGAACGAUUUCUGCAGCAGAUACAAGCUGGUGGAGAUGGUCCAGAUGCUGCUGAAUUUGGAGCCCAAACACGAGAUUUGCACCCGGGUGCGGCGGCUCGCCAUGCUCGCCUUCGCCCAACUGAGCACCAUCGGGACAGUGCUGGAGACCAGAAAAGUUUUAAGACUCUGCUUCAACAGCGUCUUUUUCCUUCGUCCACUCGAGGAAAUGUCGAGCGUGGAAGCAACCCUCUGUAGUCAGGCCCUGCGCUCCAUGGACACCAUGCUGGAGGUGAUGCUGCUCAGCUCUCCUGCCUCCAAAAUCAGCGAGAUGAUGCAGGACAUGUUGGAGAUUCUCCUGCAGUACCUGUUCUCCGACCUUAUGGCAGCACAGGAGAGGGUCUUGGGCAGGAUUAGGGUGCUGAGCCAUUUGCUGGCCAAAUAUUCCACUGAGAAGACCGAUGAAGAUGAGGACAAUGGUGCUGCCAGUGGACAGAUCCAGAUCGCAGUGCUGGGGAAGCUGCUGGGCCAUCUGUUUUUCAAGUUGUUCAGGCCAGAAAACAAAAUCGCAGUGGUGGUGGAUAUUCUCUGCUCCCUCAUGACAUUCCUCUCUGCGCAGAAAUGUGCCACACUGCCAGAGGAUCAUGUCCAGCCCCCAGAACACUGGGAAUCUGAGAUCAUCUCCUGGGUGAAUGCUCCCAACACCUGGAAAGUUGAGGCCUUUGGGAGAUACCUCAGGCCUGCAGAGAGGACAGGAGUCGUCCUUGAGGCCAUCGAGAUCUUGGGACGCUCCGCUUUUCUGAACAAGAAACCACCAAUGGAGUUUCUGGAGGAGGCCAUGAAAUCCCCUGAGAUGUGGCUGAUGGAUGUGCCAAAGGUCGUGAGACACAUCUUUGCUUAUUCUGACGAGGGAAACGCAACGAUCGCUCACAGCUUUCACUCCCUCCUUGUCCUCAUGGCGAACAAGUGGCCCGGGCAGGUCAUCGCCGCAGCUCUGGAGGCUGCGCCGAAUUUCAGCGACAAAGUCAAUCUGUGGAAGUCGCUGUUCUCUGCGCGCCAGACUCUGGAGAAGGUUCUGAAGGAGCUGCAAUUCCAAGUCCAGAACUGGCACAAGAACAUCUUCACUCGGCAGCAGCAGAUGUGUCUCUCUUUCCUAUCUAUGCUGGCCUACGGUGACAUCCUGGAGAGCAAAGUAAGGCCACUCUACAAAAACUUGAGCCUUCUUAGGUAUCCAAAGAUGGAAAUGGUCCCUCUGGUGCUCAGGGCUCUGGAGACGCUGUCGGAGAGCGCCGAGACGGCAAAAAAAAUGAAGGGCCUCCUGCCCGAGAUGCUGAAAUUCCUGGGGCAUUGGUCUUGGGACAUUUCAGUGAUGGCCCUGGACACCUUCCACAACUUGCUGGGACAGCUGAAGAAGAAAGAGGCCAGCAGCAUGGCUGUGAAUGUGGCGCAGAGGCUCUGGUUUCUCUUUGAUGCGAAGGAAGACUGUGUGCGGGAGCGCUCCAUCUCCCUCUUUGGAGAGCUCCUGGGCAAAACGGCGUGGAGGGACAAGAAGGCCAUGAGGAGAAACUCAUGGAAGGCCCUGGUUCAGCUUGUUCUUCACAUGAGUGACCAGGUCCCCAGCGUGGCCGAGGCCUCCAAGAAAGCCGUCCUGGCUGUAGCAGAGCUCCUCAACUGGAAAGAGCUCAAGCACCUGGCGCAGGCAGAGCAGAUGUGGAAGAUGGGCGAGUGCUUGCUGGCCAAGGACAGCAGCAGGGCUGACCAGUUCGUGCGGGACGGCAAGCCCUACCUGCUGAACCCUCAGGCCCCCAUACGAGAGGCGGCCCUCAGGUUCAUUGGGCUGGCUGCGCGGCACCUGACGGAGCAGAGCGAGGACACCCUGACUGCAGUCCUCUUGGGACUUCGAACAAUGAAAGCAGGGGAGAGGGAUCCCUCCAUCCGCUCCCUGGCGGAUCAGACCAGCUUGAUCCUGAAGGCUCUGAAGGAUCGGCAAAAAUCGGGAUUCUCCCUGCGCACGCUGUGCCGCUGGUGCUGCUGAGCAGGGAGGGACGGGGACACAGACUCCAACACGCGCCGAAUCCCGAGGCGUGCGAAGGAUGCCCUGGCUUUGUGAGCUCCUCCUCAAAGUGCGGCCCGGCGCCGCCGUGACCGGCUGGUCAAAACGGGGACAGAGGUGCUGGCAGCAGGUCCAGAUCCCAGCCCUGGCGAAGCUGCUGGGACAUGGUUUCGGUCAGCGAGAAGGAUCCUUGGCACUCAGAUCUGGCUGCCCAAAAUCCUUGGAGAGGAGUCGGUGUGGCUGGAUCCAAGCCCAGCCCCAGGCCUUUCCAAGCUACCUAUGAUUCUGUAAAUUAUAGUUAAUUACAUUUUAUAUAUAAUUUAUGUAAGUAAACAAAACAAAUUAUAUAUAUUAUAAAUAUA